ACGUUUUUCAAAGCCCCGUCAGGUGGAACAGAUAGGUGGAGUUUGUCCACAACAAAAGCUGAACUAUUACCUGUGCAGGCAGUUCUCUCCUUUGUUCCUCUGCUCUCACUCUCUCUGUCUUUCUCUGUGUCCUAAAUAUGAUCAUGCUAAAGUUCAAUGCGCAUAGGCAGGGACAAUAGACAGGAGAAGGACAUUGUGAAAUUCUCUAGGAGGGGUGUUAUUAAGUAGUUUCACCUUACUCAUUCCUUGUUUAGGGACAAGUGAACGCACACCUGAGUAGCAACUGAGAAACAACACUACAUGAUAAGACAGAAGGUCGAAUUACCAACCGACCAAAUAUGACUAUCAAGAAGACAGAUGUUCUCCGAAGGAUUGUGUCCAAAGACGGCCAUAACAAUGUGCGCAUUGACAAUGUGGAGGGCAUGGUCAAACUUUAUCUUCACGAUAUCUGGACCACAGUAGUAGACAUGAAAUGGCGCUAUAAACUCACUCUUUUUGCCUCCACCUUCGUCAUGACCUGGUUCAUCUUCGGCGUCAUCUUCUUCUUCAUUGGCAUGGGCAAUGGCGAUUUUAACUCUGAGCUGCCCUCCAAUCACACUCCUUGUGUCAUGAACGUGGAGACUUUGACAGGUGCCUUUCUCUUUUCCCUGGAAUCUCAGACCACCAUUGGCUACGGCUUCCGCUACAUUUCUGAAGAGUGCCCGCUCGCCAUUUUCACCCUGGUGGCACAGCUGGUCAUCACUGGCCUGGCGGAGAUCUUUGUGACGGGCGCCUUCCUGGCCAAGCUGGCACGCCCGAAGAAGCGGGCGGAAACCAUAAAAUUCAGCAAGUGGGCAGUGGUGUGCCGUCAUGAGGGGAAGACAUGUCUGAUGGUGCGGGUGGCCAACAUGAGGAAGAGCCUGCUGAUUCAGUGCCAGCUAACAGGCAAACUGCUGAGCCCCAACAUUACCGAAGAGGGCGAGAAGACGUUGAUACACCAGACCAGCGUGGACUUCUACAUGGACUCCAGCGGAGACUGCCCCUUCCUUAUCCUGCCGCUCACCUUCUAUCACGUGUUGGAUGAGAGCAGCCCUCUGAAGGGCCUGACUGCUGAGAACCUGAAAACGCGUGACUUUGAGCUGCUGGUGACCCUCAACGCAACCAUGGAGUCCACGGCCGCCACAUGUCAGAGCCGCACCUCGUACAUUCCUCAGGAGAUUCUGUGGGGUUGCGAGUUCAAGCCAGUGCUUUUCAGCACACCCGGUGGACGAUAUGUUGCUGACUUUAACUACUUUGACAAGGUGCAGGGGAGCAUCGACCCUGCAAUCAUCAUUACUUGCAAUAAAACUGAGAAACUGAAGCUUGAGGAAGAGUAUAAGAAAGAAUAGAUAGGGGCACACUAGACUAAAUUAAACUUCUGACUGUUAUACAAUAGCUAGUCUGUUCUCAAUUCAAUCUCAAAAUGAAUGUGUGUAUUUCUGUCGUGUUUCAUCAGUUGUCCGGUUAAAAUCUCUGAGUAAAAGAAGAUAUUCAUCUGCAGAGUGAAAGUACAGUCUGGAAGCCAAACAAAAGAAGGCAAAGAAGAGCAAAACCAGAACUGGGUUUCAGGUGCUGGAUUCCAAUUGUAAUUGAAUUAAUUCAUAAUUGUUACUGUAUUACAACAAAUUAUCGUUAUAUAUCCUAUAUGAUUACAUGAAAAUAGAUAUAUAGUAAAAUUGUAACAGAUCAUUUGGAUAGUUGCAUUUAUUUUAUUUGACUGUAAAAGGCAGAUGGGUGUAGAAUGAAUCAUGUUUGUAAGAUAAUGGAUCUGAUGUUUUUUUUUUAAAUAAACCAUUGUCUUUAAAA